CGUGCCCGCGGCCCCGGGGGAGGCGACGGCGGCGGGAGCGAGCAUGGCCCCCCUCGGCCUCGGCACCGCCUGCCUCCUCCUGCUCUACCUCGUCGGGACCGUCAUCGCCGGGCGGGAUUUCUAUAAGAUCCUGGGGGUGCCCCGCAGCGCCUCCGUAAAGGACAUUAAAAAGGCCUAUAGGAAACUGGCCCUUCAGCUCCAUCCCGACCGGAACCCCGAUGAUCCACGAGCGCAGGAGAAGUUCCAGGAUCUGGGGGCCGCCUACGAGGUGCUGUCGGAUGAAGAGAAGCGAAAACAGUACGACGCGUAUGGCGAGGAGGGAUUGAAAGACGGUCACCAAGGCUCCCACGGAGACAUUUUCUCCCACUUCUUCGGGGACUUUGGCUUCAUGUUUGGAGGAAACCCACGCCAGCAGGAUCGGAACAUUCCAAGAGGGAGUGACAUCAUUGUGGAUCUAGAAGUAACCUUAGAGGAAGUGUAUUCUGGAAACUUCGUGGAAGUGGUUCGAAACAAACCAGUGGCCAGGCAGGCCCCCGGCAAACGGAAAUGUAACUGCCGGCAGGAGAUGAGGACCACCCAGCUGGGACCCGGCCGCUUCCAGAUGACCCAAGAAGUGGUCUGCGACGAGUGCCCCAACGUCAAGCUUGUAAAUGAAGAGCGAACGCUGGAAGUGGAAAUAGAGCCCGGGGUGAGAGACGGCAUGGAGUACCCCUUCAUUGGCGAAGGUGAGCCCCACGUGGAUGGAGAGCCUGGAGACUUGCGCUUCCGAAUCAAAGUUCUCAAGCAUCCAGUGUUUGAAAGAAGAGGAGACGACUUAUACACAAACGUGACAAUCUCGCUGGUCGAGGCUCUGAUAGGUUUCGAGAUGGAUAUAGCCCACUUGGACGGACACAAGGUCCACGUUGCCCGGGAUAAAAUCACCAAACCUGGAGCUAAGCUAUGGAAGAAAGGGGAAGGACUGCCCAACUUUGACAACAACAACAUCAAAGGGUCCCUGAUCAUCACCUUUGAUGUGGAUUUUCCAAAAGAGCAGCUAACAGAAGAACAGCGAGAAGGUAUCAAACAGCUACUGAGACAAGGUUCAGUGCAGAAGGUAUACAAUGGACUGCAGGGAUAUUAAGAGUGAAUAAAGUUGGACUUUGUCUAAAAUGGAAGUGACGAUAUUUAUUAUCUGCAGAUGUUUGUGUUUUUUUAACAUGCGACUUUAUGAUUCUUACGAUCUUCAUUGAGGGUUUGAGACUCUGUAGUCCGAGAGAGAGUUUGUGAACCGCCAGCGGAUGGUCCGAUAUUGCCUCUCCCUUUGGGGGUCCAGAUUCCCGAUGCUGCCGGCAAAGUUUUAUAGGAAUUGAAGCAGCAAGAUGACUCAAGCAGAGGAAAAAAAUAAUCAUCUAAAGUGUGCUGGGUUGUUGCUGGUCAUUUCACUCGAAGGUGAAUCAACUGACAAGGUCUGUUUUUAAAUACAUUUUGUUGUCACUUUUU